GUACCCAGAGUGAGAGCAAUAAGUAAUAACGCUACAAAUGUAGUACGAACUCUUCUCUGUACUUGUGUGGACCACUAUGCUUCGUCUUAUGGCGAUCGAGGCUGGGGAUGCGGGUACAGAAACACCCAAAUGCUCAUUUCGAGUUUACUCACUCAUACAGGUUACAACGAGAAAUUGUACAAACUGUGGCAGGAUCAAAAACCGCCUCGAAGUUCGGUACCUAGUAUAUCUAGGAUUCAGGGAUUAAUCGAACAGGCUUGGUCACAGGGUUUUGAUAUUCAGGGAUCUGAACAACUAGAGUGCAGAUUAGUAAAUACGAGAAAAUGGAUUGGAGCUACUGAAGUAGUGACGCUGCUCUCCUUCCUUCGAAUAAAAUGUCAACUAGUAGAUUUCCACAAACCGACAGGACCUGGCGGAUCACAUCCUGAGUUGUUUAACUGGGUCCUCAAAUAUUUUGAGAGUUCGGUAGGUGGAGAGUUUACACCUCCAUUGUAUUUACAACAUCAAGGCCAUAGUCGGACGAUAAUGGGUAUAGAGAUUCAUAGAGAUGGUAGUUUAAUAUUAUUAGUCCUUGAUCCAAGUCAUUCGCCGUUACAAAUGGCGCAGCUCGGAGAUACGAAUAGUGCCUCGACGGCCCUAAGAUUGUUGAGGAAGAACGAAUCUGCGAUGAAAGCUAGACAAUACCAAAUAGUUGCGGUAUUAGGGAUGAUCGAAGCCGAUUACCAAUAUCAGCAAAGUAAAAUAAUCCGUGGUUGCAGAAUACCACAAGAUCGGUGAGAAUGGCAUGACGCCAUUAGGAGUCUUCAAUCAAAUUUAUAGUGUUAAAUUAUUACGAGAUCUAGUCACUUAAUUCAUCACUUCUUUUCUUCUUGAAGUACACGUUUGGAUCGUUAUGUGUUACGGAGUUUUGCAAAUAUAUCAAUCGAGAUUUUUGGGAUCAAAAGGUCUUGAAUGAGUAAAAGUAUUUCCAAAAUGAACUAUUCAAUUUGCGACAGCGGUUUCGUAGCAAAGUAUCUUUAGCAAGUUAUAUAAACAGUAUAUCUAUUAAUCUUAUUUUCGUGUCUACAGCCUUAGAAUGAAGAAUAAGGUCAAAACAUUGAGACUAUUAAAAACAUUUAUAUCUUGGCACAAUAUUUUAUUAGAAAAUAUACAUAUAUACG